CCCAAGCCUGCCUGAGCCUGAGCCUGAACCAGUCCCAGUCCCAGACCGAACCGCAUGAACUGUCGGAAUUGACGUCGGAUUUUUGAAUUUUAGCGACGACGCGCGCAUUAUUCAAGACUUCACCCGUUUCCUUGUCCUUGUCCUGGAUUUUGUGACGGACUCCUGAACAGAUCUUGAUUCUUAAUCGUUGGUUCUGUUCUGCUGUUUUUGGCAUAUCCCUAUCUCGCUCGCUUCGACCGCCUGUCACAAAUUCGGCCUCCCAACCACCAUGGCUGCUCUCGGCGAGGAUCUGCUCACCACGGUCAACAAGCUGCAGGAUUUGGUGUUCAACACCAUCGGCAAUGACUCUUUAGAUCUCCCUCAGAUUGUUGUCGUCGGUUCCCAGUCCGCGGGCAAAUCUUCCGUCCUCGAAAACAUCGUCGGUCGAGACUUUUUACCGCGUGGAGCCGGUAUCUGCACUCGUCGUCCUUUGAUUCUCCAACUCAUCAACGUUACCGACGAUGAAAACGCUCCCGACCCUUCAGCCGAUCCUUAUCGAUCCCCUGGUGCUGCUCGCCGUUCUGAGUGGGCAGAGUUCCACCAUAUCCCCAACCGGAGAUUCAACGAUUUUGGCGACGUCAAGCGCGAGAUUGAGAAUGAGACAUCCCGGGUUGCCGGUAACAACAAGGGUAUUAACCGACAACCCAUCAACCUCAAGAUCUAUUCUCCCCACGUCCUCAACCUGACCCUAGUGGAUCUUCCCGGUCUAACUAAAGUCCCUAUUGGCGAUCAACCCACCGAUAUUGAGAAGCAGACCCGAAACCUCAUCUCCGAAUACAUCGCCAAGCCUAACAGUAUCGUCCUCGCGGUCUCCCCCGCCAACGUCGAUAUCGUCAACUCUGAGGCCCUCAAACUCGCCCGUCAUGUCGACCCUCUUGGCCGAAGGACCAUUGGUGUUCUGACCAAGGUCGAUCUUAUGGACCAUGGCACCAAUGCUCUGGAUAUUCUCUCUGGUCGGGUUUACCCUCUGAAGCUUGGCUUCAUCGGUGUGGUCAACCGAUCGCAGCAGGAUAUCCAAGGAAACAAGCCCAUGGAGGAUGCUCUUCAGGCCGAGACCGAUUUCUUCAAGCACCAUCCUGCCUACCGCAACAUUUCCACCCGAUGUGGCACCCACUACCUGGCCAAGACCCUUAACACCACUCUCAUGGGCCACAUUCGUGAGCGUUUGCCCGAUAUCAAGGCUCGGCUCAACACCCUCAUGGGCCAGACGCAGCAGGAGUUGGCCAGCUAUGGCGACAUGCAUUUCAGCGGAAAGGAGCACCGUGGCUCUCUCAUCCUUCAGCAAAUGACACGCUUCGCAAACUCCUUUAUCUCUUCCAUCGACGGUACCUCGACCGAGAUAUCCACCAAAGAGCUCUGUGGUGGUGCUCGUAUCUACUACAUCUUCAACUCUGUCUUUGGUAGCGCUCUUGACACGAUCGACCCCACCUCCAACCUGUCCGCCCUCGACAUCCGGACAGCGAUCCGAAACUCGACUGGUCCUCGACCUAGUCUUUUUGUCCCUGAGAUGGCUUUCGACCUUCUGGUUAAGCCUCAGAUCAAACUUCUCGAAAUUCCCAGCCACCGUUGUGUUGAGCUUGUGUAUGAGGAGCUGAUCAAGAUCUGCCACACCUGUGGCUCAACUGAGCUUUCACGAUAUCCCCGACUCCAGGCUAAGCUUAUCGAGACAGUGUCAGAUUUACUCCGCGAACGACUUGGCCCUGCUUCAUCAUAUGUCGAAUCACUCAUCUCUAUUCAGCGUGCCUACAUCAAUACUAACCACCCUAACUUCCUUGGCGCUGCCGCCGCCAUGAGCAACGUAGUUAGUGCUAAGCAGGAACGAGAACGGAAAAGGCUGAUCCAAGAGGAGCGUGAGCGUCGGGAGAAGAGGCGCCUCCAGGAGCUUGAGGUCGAGGGCGAUGGUCCAGAGGGCGAGGAUGGUGUCAAUGGACCCUCCGAGAAGCUCGAGAAGACCAAGUCAGGAAGAACCAGGGCCACAAAGCAGCCUCACCGCAGCAUAUCCCCUGCUGCCUCAGUUCGUGAGAACGGAACCUCAAGCCUUGCUGCCCAUAUGAAUGCAACACACCUUAAUGGUCUUCGAUCGAACUCACCUGCUCGACUCAACCAACAGGGACUCGGCGGCGCUCGGGAUUCUUUCCUCAACUACUUCUUUGGCAAGGAUGGCCAGACCAUUGGUGGUCCCCUCCCUAGCCCUGGCGCGAUCCCCAAUGGACGACAUAUCAGCCAGAACUCGGAAACCAGUUUCCCCAUUAUACGCCGCGAGAGGGAAUUUGGCCGGCCAUCUACAGCCACCACAGUGGCCCCCGAGGACGACAUGUUCGAUAGGACAGGGAAGAACUACGGCUUGGCCUCCCAAAUGGGUGAAUCCGCGGAGCCGGCCAUGACGGAGCGCGAGGCUAUGGAGACAGAACUCAUCCGAGCCCUUAUCUCAUCUUACUUCAAUAUUGUUCGCGAAUCCAUUGCCGAUCAGGUCCCCAAGGCUGUCAUGCAUCUUCUCGUCAAUCACUGCAAGGAUGUCGUCCAGAACCGUCUUGUCAGCGAACUCUACAAGGAGUCUCUAUUUGAAGAGCUACUCUACGAGGACGACGGUGUCAAGAAGGAGCGUGAGAAGUGCGAGCGCCUACUCCAGACCUACCGAGAGGCUGCCAAGAUUAUUGGCGAGGUGCUGUAAAGCAAGCAAUGAUUAUCUCUUGGUUUAUGGUACAAGUCACAUCACUAUGUGACCGUGUCGAGUUAAACCCGACAAUAAUGAAGAAAAAGAAGACCAAUCGACAACAGUCACUCAUACAUGAAUGGAUGGAUAGACUUAACGGCGAAACAUAACUUGGAGAGACCGGACAAUGUCGAUCGUUUUGGGCUAGGGUCUCGGGCUCUUGAAUCGCUUUUGACUGCUUGCUAAAUAGGCAGAAGAAGGGGAGAGGGAGAAGGAAGAUUAAGAGAGAAGAAAGAAAAGAGCGUUGUACUUUUAUUCUUCUUAUUUUCGUCAUCUUUCUCUUAUCUUGUACAUCACCAACCGGCAUUGGAAUUGCGGUCACACCCAGCUUUGUUUCUGAUGAUGGAUGGCUCUCACGAGAAGAGGGAACACAAGAGGAGGGCUUGUACGUAUGUAUUGAUGGAUGU